AUGGAUUUCAGUGGGACCCUCAGCAUCCUCCUGGCGAUAUGCGUCAUGUGCUUGUUACUCCUCUCGACCCGGAAGAAGAAAACCUGGAGCAACCUGCCGCCGGGGCCCACCCCCAUCCCGUUCCUGGGGAACAUGCUGCAGGUGGAGGUGAAGGAGUUGAUAAAGUCUCUGCGGAAGCUCAGCGAAACCUACGGCCCAAUCUACACCUUUUACCUGGGCUCCCGGCCCUGCGUGGUGCUCUCUGGGUACAAGGUGCUGAAGGAAGCCCUGAUCGAUAAGGCCGAGGAGUUCAGCGGCAGGGGAGACUUCCCGGCAGUGCAGAUGUGGAGUCACGGGAACGGGAUUGUCUAUGGCACCGGGGAGCGGUGGCGGCAGCUGCGCCGAUUUGCCAUCACCACCUUCAAGAACUUUGGCAUGGGGAAGCGGAGCAUGGAGGAGCGGAUCAAGGAGGAGGCCCAGUACCUGGUGUCCGAGUUCCGGAAAACAGAAGGCAAACCCUUUGACCCCACCUUCUUUCUGAGCUGUGCUGGCUCCAACAUCAUCUGCACCCUGGUCUUCGGGGAGCGUUUCGAAUACACCGACGAGAAGUUCCUCACCCUGCUCAACUUGAUCAACAGCAACUGGAAACUCAUGAGCUCCACCUGGGGGCAGUUCUAUCCCCUCCCCCCGGCUUCUUUCCAGUUGCUGUUCACGUUCCCCAAGAUCAUGAGACACGUCCCCGGGCCCCACCGGCAAAUCUACAAGAACUACCUGAAGCUGGCCGCUUUCGUUGGCGAGCAGCUGAAGCUGCAUAAAGAGCUCCUGGAUCCCAACAACCCGCGGGAUUUCAUCGACUGCUUCCUCAUCAAAAUCCAGCAGGAAAAGCACAACCCCAACACACACUUUAACGACGAGACGAUGUCGAAAACCACCGUGAACCUGUUCUUCGCCGGGACGGAGACCGUCAGCUCCACCUUGAGAUACGGGCUCCGUAUCUUACUGCGACACCCUGAGAUAGAAGAGAAGCUGCACGAGGAGAUCGACCGGGUGAUCGGCCCCCACCGCAGCCCCUCCAUGGAGGACCGGAGCCGGAUGCCCUACACCGACGCCGUCAUUCACGAGAUCCAGCGCUUCGCGGACAUCGUCCCCAUGGGCGUGCCCCACACCGUCACCCGGGACAUUCAGUUCCGCGGCUACACGCUGCCCAAGGACUUGAACAUCAUCCCGCUGCUGUGCACGGCCCAGGCCGACCCCACCCAGUUCAAGAACCCCACCUGCUUCGACCCCUCCCACUUCCUGGACGAGAACGGGCGCUUCCGGAGAAACGACGCCUUCAUGGCCUUCUCGGCAGGGAAGCGGGUCUGCUUGGGCGAGAGCUUGGCCCUCAUGGAGCUGUUCAUCUUCCUCACCGCCAUCCUGCAGAACUUCACCCUCCGGACCCUGGUGGCACCCGCCGAGAUCGACAUCACGCCCGAGUCCAGCGGCCUGGGGAGCAUCCCGCGGCCCUACCAGUUCUGCCUCCUUCCCCGCUGA